CUCAAGCAGAGGAUGAAAGACCCGCAGCCGCCAGGUCUGAAGACAAAGAAAUCAUGGUCAAUGCUGCAGCGAGGCAAGAAGAAGACUAAGGAGGAGAUGGUCGAGAACAAGCCCAAGCCCGCACCAGUCCAGAAGCCACCACCGCUCACAGCAGAACAGAGGAUGAAGCAAACGCCCAUUGAGAGGGUCAUCUAUGACAUGGCCCACAAUGAGAGAAUGGUGAACGACCUCAUUCUGGGCCGAAGGAUAUCCUUCUAUGAGCUCCGAGGGGAAGUGGGAGCAGGGAAUUUUUCCUAUGUCAAACUAGGGAUUCAUGCCCUAACAAAAGAAAGGGUAGCCGUCAAGAUUCUUGACAAGAGCCGUCAGGACAAGAAGACACAGUCUCUGUUUGCCUCGGAGAUCCAGUGCAUGGAGAAGCUGUCCCACCCCAACAUUGUGCGCCUCUACGAGGUGCUGGAGACCAGCAAGCGCCUGUAUUUGGCUAUGGAGUACGGAAGUGGCGGGGAUCUAUACUCACGGAUCAGCAGCAGGGGGCGCCUGCCGGACCUGGAGAGCAAGCUGGUGUUUGCACAGAUCAUUUCGGCCAUCAAGUACAUGCAUGAGAACAACAUUGUCCACAGGGAUUUGAAAGCAGAAAACAUUUUCUACACCACGACUUACUGCAUCAAAGUGGGCGACUUUGGCUUCAGCACGGUGACCAGCCCCACUGAGACCCUGACCACGUUCUGUGGCUCGCCGCCAUAUGCAGCCCCGGAGCUCUUCAAGGAGAAAGGCUACAUCGGCCAAUACGUGGACAUAUGGGCCCUGGGCAUCCUGCUGUACUUCAUGGUGACGGCGAACACGCCCUUCGCCGCCGACAACCUGAGCCGACUGAAACGAAUAAUCUUACACGGCGCUUAUGUCAUCCCGCCACACGUGCCUGAUCCCUGUCAGCUGGUCAUCAAGGGGAUGCUUCGGCAGGUCCCCAACGACCGCUCCUCCAUCUCCCAAAUCAUGAGCAGCAAAUGGCUUAGCGGGAUCGAGUACCCAAAGCCGUAUCCCAUGCUCAAUCUGACCCCAGCGCACCUGGUGGACACAACCGGCACGCUGACGGUGGAGGAGAAGGAGGUGAAAACGGCAUUGAGUGAUCUGGGCAUCACAGGGGCCCACCUGCAGAACAAUUGUGCGGACUCUCACAGCCCUAUCACAGGAACCUACCGCAUCCUGAUGCACCGCAUACAGAAGAGGAGGUCUGUGGAAGCAGUGGGCUACACGUCUUUGUAUCCAGAGGAAUUCCAAACCAAAAACUCUUGGGUUGAUUCGGCACUGAAACAUAAUCCAUCUUCUGUCUGUGCUAUCCUGUAGGCCUUGGUCCUUUGAUCUACUGCAAUAUUGUCAUACUUCAGGAGAAAAACAGUGCAUCUGCCUGUGAAAACAUGCAGAUAGGGCCAUUAUUUAUCAUUCACUUUGUCUUUUCGAGUUUUGAAGAGGUCUUCUAACAAUAAAAAUAUAAUAGUAGUAAUAAGCUUUAUUUGUAUAGCACUUUUCAUACACAGAAUGCAGCUCAAAGUGCUUUACAUUUGAAGCAUUUAACACAAUAAUAUAGAGAAAAAAUAGGACAGAGGCUGACGCAGGAUUAAAGAUUUAGAACUUUUUUUAAAUCCUAGUUAAAGGAACCUGACAUCACAAAUUUCAAGUUCGAGUUCAAGUGGUUUAUUACAUGUUACUCAUAAAAGGAAUUAUAAGUAAUGAAAUUCCCUGGGCUCAAGAGCCAGCUCAACUCUAAAGAAGAAAUGAAAAGUAGAAAUUAAAAGUAUAGUGUAUAUAAGGUAUAUUUAGUGUGUGUAUGGUGUGUGUGUAGGGGGAGGGGGGCAAAUUCUCUAUUCUGAAACAAAACACCAAGAUAUUACUUCUAAAAGUGCAAUAUGCCCUUUAAUCAGUGCAUUGCAUUAAGAACAGUAUUACUUAUGCAAAAUGAAGAAGUUUACUCAUGCAGCAAGAUAUGUAUCUCCUAUUUUGUGUUUCUUUAAAAGAAUUUUACUCAGGGAGGACUACUAUGUUUAAAAAAUUAUUAUAUUUUUUAUGUUUUUUUUACAAUCACUGCUUUUUUGAGUGUUUAUUGGGUGCUCUAUCAUAGAUCAGUUUGUAUAAAACAAAUUUGGCUAUUAAAUGUCAUGUAUAUCUGUUUGAAGUUGUAUUUGUAUCUCAAUUUCAGGGUUUCAGGUUUAAUCACAACUUGAUCAUUUUCUCACUGUAAAGCAUUUACAGCACUUUAUUACCCUAAUUCUUUUAUAUUAUUAAAUGGUUAGCACUUCUUUCACUGUUUUCAGGUGAUUGACAGUCACGGGAGUUUUUCUGUAUGAGAAACACCAUUCCAGUCCUGUUGAGACGUGAGAACCCGCGUAAUGUUGAAUGCAAGAUGAUAGAAUGACUUACGAUGUCACAAAUCUCUGCCAAAAAAAAUCUAUGUCAGCAGUAACUUUCUACAGUUUCACAAUGUGCUUCAUGUCUGAAAAGAGGAUCUUGACAACUCUUGAAAAGAAUUGUAUCAUACCAAAUCAUUGAGUCUUUAUUUUUUUACCACUCUACUGUGAUUAUAGGUAAUAAAACCCUGGUAUGCAGAUGUAUUCCUCUGCAAAGCUGAAUCAUAGCUUGAAACCUUGUUCAUCCAUCAGAAGCUGUUUAUAUUUUGUGAAAGCAUUGUAUAUCACUGAAAUAUUCAACUCUCUUGGAAAUUAAACACAAAAACUCAUUGGACUCUCAGUGAACUCAGAGGUAUUUAUACCCUGAAACUGGCUUGAGAUAAUAUUUUAAUAAAUGGUAUUGUUAUUCUUCAAACACGUCUAAAUAGAUGCUUAUAAUGGCUCUGUAUUUUGUUUUGAAAUGGCUUAGUUUUUUUAAUCAAAAUCAACUGCAAGUUGUUCGUGUCAUGUUUUGAGAUUAACUGUUCUUGGCAAGGAUAAAAUGAUACACAUCGUAACAAUAUACAAUAAACAUACAACACA